GGUCCUCCUACCUGUAGUCUUUCCCUUUCCCACCUUUAGCUUUUCUUCCCUCCAUCUGCUUCUCUCCUCUCUCUUCUCUACUCUCUUCUCUUCUCCUCUCUCUCUCUCUCUCAAUCCCUAGCUAAAGUUUUGACAAACUCUCUCAAUAUUUGGUUGGCUUUUUUUCCUGUCAUCACAUCUAGAUCAGUUGUUGCCUAGGCCUCCUGACCAAAGAGCUGUUAACUUUGGUGCUGGGAUUGGAGAAGGGAGAGGGUGGUGGGGGAGAUAGAGGAAGAGAAGGGAGAGAAGGAUCUUGGGAGGGGAAGAUGACUCCACCUAACAUGGCAGGCCAAUUUGGAGACACCACUUACACCAAGGUGUUUGUAGGCGGUUUGGCUUGGGAGACCCAAAGGGAGACCAUGAGGAAAUACUUUGAGCAGUUUGGAGAGAUCCUAGAGGCGGUGGUCAUCACUGAUAAGAACACUGGAAGAUCCAAAGGCUAUGGAUUUGUCACAUUUCGAGAGCCAGAGGCGGCGAUGCGCGCUUGUGUAGAUCCUUCACCGGUGAUCGACGGAAGAAGGGCUAAUUGUAACCUUGCUUCUCUUGGGAUUCAGAGAUCUAGACCAACAACACCUCUUCAUGGUGGAAGCAGAAACUUUAGGGUAAUGAAAUCUUUUCAAGCAGGGCUUCAAGGUGGGUUGGGAACAGCUUUUCCGUCGCCUGCCACCUUCCCUCAUUAUGCCAUCCAACAAGGGAUUCCUUAUAAUGUCUAUGGGUACUCUUCGUAUUCCCCAGAGUAUACUUAUCCAACGAGCUAUUACAAUGUGUAUGGAGGGGGAGCUGCUCAGUAUCCAUUUUAUGGAGGGGCAACAACUGGGCUGGUGACUGGAACCACUGCAUUCUAUCCCUACUUCCAGCUCGGUCAGGGAGGAGGCGCCGCCCCUUAUCCUCAUGGCCAGGGCUAUGGUGUGCAGUACCCUCAGAUGUUUCAGUACUCUGCAAUGACCACAGCUGGAUUCCUGGCACAGCAUUAUGGAGGGCCCUUGUCCCUUGCUCCAAGUCCCCCAGCUCAAGCAGUGUCUUUUGCUCUGAAACAGGCAUGACUAUGGCUCUCACAGCUCCAACUCUGCCAACUCCAACAACCCAUCACUACAGACUCAUCCCUACUCCUUUCACUGCAUCGAUGUCGCCGGAGCAACCCUUGGCUUAACCAUGGUUUUCUUCCUUCCAUCUUUCUCUCUCGUUGUUCUCCUUUCAUGUGUCUCUGUCCAUCUUUCCAUUGCUAACACAUGCCCAAGUUUGCGUCUUUAAGGCUCCAAGUUUUUUUGGUCCACAGAGGCUAAAAGAAAAAACAAAUUUCAAGCUUGGAAGAAUGCUCCAAGUCCCACAGACACAUGUGGUGCUAUUUGGGCAGUUCAUUAAGCUUUAGCCCUGGGAUGGGCUUCAGCUUAAAGCAUCUUCUCCCCAAGGUGGGGUGGCAUCUUCAAGGACAAAGGGUAACCAAUCUUGGCUCCCCAUGAGCCAAGCACACUAACUCCAUAGCCCAAGCCGGGCUUGAGCCAAAACAAACCUAACUUGGACUUCAAGAUGGUGAUUUUUAAAAACUGAUGGUCAAGUCUCUUCUAGUAUUAGCCUUAGGUUGGCUUAUAUAUAUAUAUCUUCCCUUAACCUCUGCCAAGUACCUCCACAUUUAGAGGUAAUCUGGCCAAAUCCAAGGGCAAAGGCAAGCCCUGCACCUUGUUCUAAUCUUAGCCCUUGCAUGGGCUAACUAACAGAAACCUGAUGACUCUACUGAGUUGCUAUCACCCACCGUGUGUCACUUCACCAACUUCACCUAACAAUCAUAUUAAAUUUAAGUGUAACCAACCACUCACCUUACCUAGGGAAAGGUAAGAUGACUUAACCAACACUCUUCUUUGCUAAUAGUUUUGUGUGUACGUACAUUCAUGAGGCCAGGCUCUGAGGAGAGUUUUGGCCCCAGCGAAGGCAGGUUUUGAGGAGGGCUAGUGUUUGUUUUUGGCACGUAGCUCUACCUCCUGCCCCUAACUUCGGCUGAACUCCGCAUAUGGCUGUGGCGUUCCCUCCACCCUUAGGAAAGUUCAGUUUUCCCAAUCCAAUGGACCCUGGGGAGAUAUUUUUGGUCUCUUGGGUCCCACCUCCUCUGACCCUUCUCCAAUACCAUGGUUAGGUCCAGGAGUCUCUCUCUCUCUCUCUCUCUCAUGUGCUGCUUUAAUUUCAGGGAGACUUUUUGAUACUUUUUAUGCAAUUUCUCAGAAGUGGAUUGUAAUAACUAGGCAUGCUACUUUGCGACAAGCUGAUAUCCCUUUAUGUUCCAAGUCAUCACAACUUUAGUAAUGUUACUGAAGUAGGUCGAGUUUU